AUGGAAUCCGAAAAAUCGUCGUCUAGAAACUCGCUUCGGGGAGUCGCUUUUGUGGCUGUCACAUUUUCGACAGUCGCCGUGACUGCAGUUUUGAUCGCCUUUCCUUUGGUCUUCCAUUAUGUGCAAACACUUCAGGCUUCCGUUCAGGUAAGAGAUUUUUGGCGCCAAAAUUUGAUCUAUUUAGAUAAAUAGUAAAUGAGCCUGCGGCUAAUUUAGGCUAAUUUUUGUGAAAAAAAAUCGAAUUUUUCACAGAAUUUUUAAUGGGGUGAUUCAAAAGUCGGGAAAAAAUUUGUCAAAAAAUGUUUUUUUUUCGACUUGAAUCACCCCAUAAGAUUCGGAUACGAAUUUUAAGUGAAAUUCAAAAUCAGAGUGAAACUUUAAAAAUCCACGUGGAUUUUUCUGAUGUGGUACCGAAAUUUAAGGUCAAGUUCAUAUUAAAAAUUCUUCCAAUGUAGGCCUUGAAAAUUCUGCUAUACGCUCAGAAGCUCAAAAAUUGACUGAAAACACAAUUUUUGAGAUCUACAGCUAGAAAAUAUGCCCAGAAGCUCAAAAAUCGACAGAAAAUCGAUUUUUGAGCUCUAGAGCUUCAAAAUAGUCUCCGGAACUCAAAAAUUGACUGAAAAUGCAAUUUUUGGGCUCUAGACCUUCAAAACACGCUCAGAAGCUCGAAAAUUCGUAUAUUUUCACAAUUUUCUGCCACAGGAAAAAUCUAGGCAAAUUUGGUCUUAAAAAAUCCGCAAAUUCAACCUUAAUGCAAUUUCAGGGUGAGGUCGAGUACUGUAAAUCGCGUUCUCGCGACAUGUGGCGUGAAAUGGUCGAAGUUGCUCCAGAAGGACCAGACGAUCCAUUAGACGUUCUUCUCAGAGCAACCCGUCAAGCCGACGCUCAAUGCUGCACAUGUCAACAAGGACCACCAGGACCAGAUGGUGAACCAGGACAAGCUGGAAGAGAUGGCGAACCGGGACGUGGUCCAGGAGAACCAGGUCCACCGGGGCCUGAUGCUGAAUUGCACGAUAGAAUUCUGCCAGUUCCACCACAAUGUCCAUGUGUUGCGGCUCCAGGGCUUUCCGGGCCUCCAGGACCACCAGGACAAGAUGGUAUCCCAGGAAAUCCGGGACGUAAUGGUGAAGAUGGAGGGCCAGGCCCACAAGGACCAGCCGGGCCACCCGGGCCACCUGGACAACCAGGUCAACCAGGACAACGCGGGCCACCAGGAGAGCCUGGAGUGUUGUUGCCGGGAACAGAUGCUCCACCAGGACCACCUGGACCAACCGGAAGACCAGGAGCUCCAGGAAUCCCAGGAAAGCCGGGAACUCCAGGACAAGACGGAUCGAACGGUGGGCCGGGACAAGCAGGAGAGCCUGGACAACGCGGGCCACCAGGACCACCUGGACAAGCCGGAACACCGGGAGGACCAGGAGAGGCUGGAUCGCCGGGAAGUUGCGAACAUUGUCCACCAGCAAGAUUGGCGCCAGGUUAUUAA